AUGAGACAGAGUAAGCGAGACGUCGGCUGGUUUUGUCACGAAGUUCCUCUGCGCAAGCAUACGGGCCCCGCUCCCGCCCCACCCAUUUCUCAGAUUCCUCUCCUCGGUCUCAUGCCCGAACCCAAAGAGGAGCCCCCGAGUUUGAUGCCGAAGUUCCGCCCCACUGAUACACCUUACAUCCAACUCUCCAGGAUGGGUGGCCGCAAGGACUUGCUGUGUUUCAGAGAGAAUCCGCCAGAUCGUGGCUAUGUGGAAAUGCCUCCACGCUGUCAGUGGUUCUAUCUCGAGGACAACAGCCUUGACCAUGCCAAUAAGGAGACAGAGAAGAAAGAAGAGUACGUCUUUAAGGUACCCUGCUACAUGACCUCCAUGCCGCCGGCGUCAGGGAAGCCACCCUCCCCGCCACCGAGGGAAAUUUCACCGCUGCCAAAGAAGAACAAAUUAAAGAAAGGAAAGUUACCAGACUCAAGACCUGGCUAUGCAGAGUACAAUAAAAGACUGAAUAAGGUUGGAAUAGCCCGACGUGAAUAUGUAAACGCGAGUUGUGUAGGGUUCCCAAAGGUGUGUUUGAACGGCUUUGCCUCGUGGAACGGUGGUUUGAGAAAUUGUCUUCCAGUUUUAUGCUUCCUAUUAAUAACCAACUUACUGAAAGAGAAUAUUUCCUGGCUAUUUUCUUCAAGGGUUUUUGUCCUCUUCAGAUCAGUGCCAUCAGUCAUUAUAUCGUCCUUUUGAUUUAAAAACCAUCGCGGAGGAACAGACCCAGCAUUCUUUCCACUAGAUGGGCAGUCAAGAGAUGUUAUUGAAAUUGACUGUACUGUGGGCCGCUUAGCUCAAACUCUAGAAAGGCGAAGCGCAAAGGUCUAUCAUAAAACUUUCUAUGCACAUGCUCCUUCUUUAAUUAUACUGUAGUGUUGGGAAUAACAUGGUGUUCCCUCUUGUCUCUUCCGCAAUCUACGGGCUGGGCCCGGUUAAAUAGCCGAACACUGCGCCCCUAUCGUGGCGUGACAUAUUACUAGACGUGGUUUUGUAUUCUGCCUUAGUUCCGCCCUGUAGAACCCUUAAACUUUCUGUGUGACUUUGUUAUGGUGCCAACUACAGAUCCGGAAAGUAUGGUUUUUUUAAACAACGUUCGGGAAUCAGCAGAGCUACAGGUCACUAAACACUUAUUCAUUCGCCUAUUGGACCAAUUUCCAAAAAAAUAAUGAAUGGUAGUCGCCACUAUGGCACUAAAUUUCAGUGAUCUUUGGAGUGUUUACCUUGGUACCAACUGCUGUUGUUUCGAGAUGAUGGUUGUUGUACUUCCGUCCAACGAAGACUGAAGAGUCAGCAAUAAUCACCCAGGUAACGUAUAUUUUCAGGUCCACAUCUGUCGAAUUACGAGGGAACUAAAUCUGAUUUUAACUGUCUUAACUUAUUUUGCUUCUACUACGACAUCGUAGCUUAGCAACUUUAAUGUAAAUAAGAAGGCGCCUUCUGCCGCACGUCCCAGUGAUUGCCUUAUCUACGUUUACUUCAAAAGAUUUCAGUGGACCAUCAAAUGGCGGAAAACUCCUAAGAAGUAUCGUGAAGUAUGGAUGCAUCCCUUAAUAAGUGUUUUGAAGAUAUUCAUACAUUCGACUAAAAGUGCUGCUAGAAGACUGGUUAAUAGGUUCAUGUACUUAACUGUAGUCGACUGUCGACGUUUAACUACCCAUCUCUCGAAGUAAUAUGCCUCCACUGAAUUAAUAUUUUUAAUUAUUCUGCCCCCAGAAAAAACUGAAUGACCAGCCCAACUCCAUGGCUGAAUUGUUGGCACACAAAUACACCGAGGACUAUGAUGAGUACAGAAAGCAAUGGCGGGAAGUCGAUAACUUGAUGAAACCACGGGCCAGCUGCAAACCUGUUGUCCCUAAAAUGUACAACACUAACCCGCCAGUCAGGAAAAAGAAAUGGUGACGUACUUAUUGACUUCCUCCGACUGUGGACUGGUCGAUCAGGCCCUUCGAUUCUACUGGCAGAUUGUGUCUACUCAGGUUUCCGGCUCGUGCGCUUCCCCGUUCCUCCACUGAGUUUAGCUCUGGGCUCCUAAGGUUGGAUAAGAUGGAACUGUAGCCCCUCAGCUGGCUGCCCCACUGUUAUCAAAUUUUGUGUCAUGUGAUUUUGUUUCUCAAAUAAAUAGCAUGACGCCAAUCCAAGCAUUCUCUCUGGAUAUUUUGUGUCUGAUAUUAAGCACCGGACAGAUAAAUAUUUCUUCUUGCUGGUUUGAGAUGAUCAAUAGCUCAAAACUACGUCGCAUUUUUGGCAUUUUUGGCGACUCUUUCGCUACGAUUUGCGCACUCAUUCUGACUUAAUCACACACAAUUCUGCCCAGUCUUCUGUUACCACGCUAAUGGAACCCUCUUCUUUCUUCCCCAUCUCAAGCAACGCCAUCUGAUUUCUUUUCGCCCUCUGAUUUGCGCAAGAUAACCAAAGUCAAAAACGAGGAUAGGCCACCUUUGUCAUGUGAUGAUCCGGAACUAGUACAACGCAGCAGGAAAUCGAUAAGUUCGUAGACCAGACAAACCUUUACAGUGAGCUGUCUAUGGAGUAAUAACGGAAGAUGAUUUCUAACUACAAAAGUUUGUGGAUUUCCCUUAACCCUCAACGACCUGUUCUUUACUUCGACGGGGUACUUAGUUAUAAUUAGUAUUGUUAUUAUUUUGGGGUCCUCCCUACAGUUGAAGUUGGCUUUGAUCGUUUGAAAAACCUAUCGACUACACCCCUUCGUACGCAAGUUCUCGAUCGCUUGGGAAUAACUUUUACGCGUCUCUCGCUAAUAACUCUUCCAAGUCAGUGGUUGACUCGAAAUUUCUGUGCCAGGUCCCGACGUGGUGCUUUCUCGUGGUGAACGUGAUAAAUCUGCCACAAAACAACGCUUAACGCAUCACAUAUUUGGUGCGCUUGUUUAUACUGAGGCCUUUUAAAAAUCCUAAUAAUUCUCGGACUGUUCGUAUCAUCCUAUUUUAUCAUCUAUGUCGGCGGAGUACUAUAGAUCGUUUCUUAUUAUUUUCAAAAGCCACAUCUUAGUUGCAGAUGAUGUGCUAUCUCGCGAAAUGUUAACCGGAAUGUUAAAAUGUGUUUUCGUCCCAAGAGCUUACAUAAGUAAGGUUGUAAAGCUAGUUAUUUUGCACCAUAAUCCCAAGGCACUUCAGUUACGCCAGGAUGCCGGCUUUUGAACGAGUUUCCUUCCAGUCCCCUGCGAAAACUACAUCCCAUAAUAAGAGAUUACCUAAGUAGUAUGAGUAUUUUCCAUUGGUCUUCGAUGCCCUCCCAAAUUCAAAUAUCUUUUAAAACGUACACAGAAUUAUUCUUCUGUGCACUCGUUUGGUAGCAAGUAACGUCAUAUUUACAAAGGCACCGAAAAUUAAAUGUGAGAAAUUCGUUCAUAUGUAGUCCUUUUUCAAAAAGUGUAGUUUUUUUCAGGCGGCCUGAAGGAAGCUCGUUCAUUUUUCCAGCGCAGUUGGACUUUCUUAACAGUAAGUGGACUUACCUGCGGGAUUUUAAUGACGGCUGGUCUUCAUUUCUGGUCUUUGCUACUACUACUACUACUGCGCUAACCACCAAAUUUUCGACUAUAUUUCCCGGCUAAGGGCAAUCUCUUUCAAACUAGCUUGUUAGAUUCCUCAAUAUUUACAUUCCUCAGCUCUCCCUCAGUAUGUCCGGCAUUUAUGCUUGUCAUUUAAAUAUUUGUUAAGACUACUUCAAACGCACAAGGCAUAGAAGAUUUUGAAUGCUACCAGUCCCAUGUUUCUGCAAUAUCUCAUGUGCGUCUGAGUUUCAAUACAUUCUCAUGUUAUUGAAAUUUGCGCUGAGAAUAAUACUGAAAUAUUUUUUAAGACUACUUCAAACGCACAAGGCAUAGAAGAUUUUGGAUGCUACCAGUCCCAUGUUUCCGCAAUAUCUCUUGUGCAUCUGAGUUUCAAUACAUUCUCAUGUUAUUGAAAUUUGCGCUGAGAAUAAUACUGAUAGCAGUGGUGGUGGUGGUGGUGGUGGUGGUGGUGGUGGUGGUGGUGGUGGUGGUGGUGGUGGUGUGUUACGUUUUGAACUCCCUUCCGAUUCCAGGAGCAUCUGCCUGUUGACCUACUUGUCAAUGUCCUUGCAUUUAGGGCUCCUGACUGACUGGCAGCAAUCCCUUACCACAAAGAUGAUGAAAAAUAAAGUCCGUGUGGGCUGGAUGUGCCACGACGUUCCCGAACCCAGUAGACAUAAAAGUCCUGGCUGUGCAUGUACACUCAAGGGUACUGAUCCAGAGGAAAUAAUCGAGGAGGGUGACAUCCUCUGUGACGAUAUCCCCGCCAAUGUUUCGGACUAUCGGCCAGCUCAGACUACUUUUGUGCGAGUGGCCCGUAUGGGGGGCCGACGAGAUUUGUUGUGCUUCAAGGAAAAGGAGCCGGUACGAGAACUGCCUCAACCGCCACCACGCUGUCAGUGGCCAUAUCUCCUGAAGCACCACCUUAACGAUCUGGCUAGGGAGGCCGCGCGCGAGGACUACAGUUAUCGUCUGCCUGCCUACAUCGAGAAAAAGCCCAUUCGACAACAGAAACUGCCCACUAAAAUACCACAGACUUCACCACCGCCACUGCCAAAGAAAAUCCGGAUGAUCCCUGGGAGGUUGCCAGAGGCACGAGCUGGCUACACUGACUACAACAAACGCCUGCGCAAGGUUCGGAUCGCCAACCCAGAGUACGAAGUUCGAACCUGUUUGAGCUUCCCGAAGGUCAGUUUCAAUUGUUCUUCAUCUUCUCUUAGAGAAAGAAGAAGUGAUUAUAGAAGUGGGUUGUGUAAACUAUUGCAUUCAAUAUCUUGCGUCUUCCUUGGAUACCGCUAUUUUCGCGUAAUUUUAAACCAUUAAAGUCAUUAAUAAAAGCUCUCUCCUGGGACAGAAGAAAAGGGGGUUAUUGCAAAAGAAACGGUCGGGUAGGAAUGGGCUUUGGCUGCUUAUAGGUUACCCAGAAUGACAUCGAAAAUUGUGUACUAUGGAAAUAGUUAACACUAUGAUUCUCAAAUAAGACAUAAUGACUCCUUCUUCCCCAAUUUCCACGCUUAAAACCUAUAGCUGAGAAAGAUAGUUCACUAGUUAUGACUAUUAAUUGGACCUUCUGGGAGGCUUUUGUCUCCAGUAUCCCCUGUAGAGUUCGGAAACCGUAGAAUCAUCUAGUUAUAAUGUGUGAUAGUCUGACUGUCGCGAGCGACUACUUCCACCCUGUGCCCCACGGCGUGGACGCAGCACCGGUGACUUGUGCGUAAAUUGUUUCAUAGUAAGACAGACUUUCGCAGCAGCUACCACAAUAUCUCCUGCCUAACCUACCAGGCUCCGAUAGGACGAUAGUGUCAAGACAACCGAAGACAGGCUUGAGCGUAGUGGCCGACAAAACUAAACAGCGCCUCUACACUUAUCUCGUACGCCUGAUGCGCACAAGAUGGACCAGAUUUUCACAGAAAGGGGCUCGGAUCUCACUUUCGUGAAAGUGCCAUAGAGACGACAUUAAGAUGGAGCCAUUGAGCUUGACCUCCAGUCCUGGAGCUAGUCACCCGACUUACGCACAGUACUGACCAGGAGGACCGAGUUAUCCUGUCAGUUGGCGGCCUUCUAAGCCACCACUUUCAGCACACCAGGAUAAUCUUAAAGCGCGUCGGAUCCAUUACAGCGGGACAUGUGCUGAAGUGCCGUGGAUGCGGAUUCUCCAGUAUCGGCCUCCAUCUCUUCUCUCUCUCUCUCUCUCUCUCUCUCUCUCUCUCUCUCUCUCUCUCUCUCUCUCUCUCUCUCUAUGUGCCAGACCACUGUCUGAGUCGGUCAGUCAUCUGAUGCUGGGGUUGGGAACAGUACCUGACAGAGCUGCAUUAACUCGUCUACGCGGUCCACACGCCAUCUGGUCCCCCCAGGCACAAGAUGUCAAGUUUUCACAAACUGGGGGGGGGGGUAGUUAAUGAUGUUUGCAGUACGCAAGGGUGUCGCCGUUUGCGGAUCUGCUGACGAAACUUUUUUAUCAGCUGACAGUGAUCACAUCUACAAACGGAACAGCAAAGUGACUGCAAGAAGCAAGGUCGUUUCUUUUGCCUUGCCUCUUUCCCAAUGAGAUCAUUCGAUAAUCAUGCAGGCACUUUGGAACCGUUGAAGGCGACUUUUGGGAAAGAUUACAAGGUCAAACGCAACGACAGGCUGGAAUUUUUAAAGAAUAUGGAAUAGAGAAUAGCAACACAGAUGUCAAACAAAUAAAAUACCCAACCAGCGUUUGUCUAUACAGAAAUCACUCGCUUAAAUGUUACCAAGGCUGGUGUUAAAUAAUGAUUGCAUAUCAUAGAGUACGUUCGGAUUGAUUGCUUUACUGAGAUUUCAGCCUGCGAUUGUUGACAGUUCGUACAAGCAACCACGUUUCGAAGGAACCGGGCAUUUAACAGAUUACUGGCUCCUCCCUAGAGUCGCUUUUGUGUCCACUUGCUAAACCGUGAAAUAUAGCACAUGAAUAUUUUUGAGUGAACACUCUACGAGCAUUUGUUUCGUUGGUUGUACGAAACGAUCAAUAUUCAGGGAAAUGAAGCUCUGAUGCCCAUACAACUCACAUUAUUAAAAUAUAUGGGACAUUCUGGCCGAGGACCCAUGUCCUACCUGUACGGCCACUCCCGAUACGUCGACGCGGAUGGACGGUCAUUGCACGAAAACAAUUGACAAAGAUACCCCGUCUUAAGUACACUGUCGAAAACUGUCACGCAAGUAGAUAUAGCACACGUAACGACACCAUCAGGACCUGCUAUCGAAGGUACGACCACGGUCGUAGCAAGAACUUACAAGCAGUACCCUGACGGCCCCUACUAAACGCACCGACGAUCGGGGUGGAUACUCGCACUUCACCACACCAUGGCUUCCCACUUUCGUCUGGGGCUCCACGAGGCCGCGCUCAGCACGGCGGUCACACCCUGGUGACCGUCUUGACCAACGGGCCAAAUCAGGUAAGGGUGUCCGGCGUGUGUGUGCCCGGCAGUCCCGAACUGAUCCUCAUCUUCCGACUCCCCAGACAAAAAGUUUUACGCAGAGGACGAUAUGCAAUUCCACAGGCUACUAACGCUAAUCUGAGCCGCAUUCUCUCUGUACCAAAGCCAUAACACGGUGAAGUUCGGUGGCCGACUUGGAUGACUGUGCAACCUUAUAUGGAGGUGACACUGCCCACGGCUUCGGGUGGGAGGGGGCUAGAAAAAGCGCCCUAAAAACUGUCGGUGACACAAUCCGUCAGCAAACUGACAGUACCCUGCGGACGCGAAAAAGUGAGGCCGAAAAAAAGCAACAAAAACCCUUCCUGUACUUCCCCAGAGGCGGUUAGAGUGAACAAUGCCCCUCUGGCAACCUAGAACGUUGGUUCCUUUUUAGACUAUCCAAUGGCAAACCGUCUGGAAAUGAGGACAGUUCUGGUCACCCCCGGACUGGUCCGCUGCAAAGUUCAUAGUGGAGCUGUCAGUGAGACCCGCUUCUGUGAACAUGGUCAAAUGAAGGAGGUGGGUGUCAGCCACACCUUUUUCUGGAGCGGAUAUCCAAGGUCAGGGCGACGAAAAGCCGGAGUUGCUUUUGCGAUCAGGAACGACUUCGUGGUUGUCCUGUUUUUCACAGAGCGUCAACGACCGGCUCAUGUCCACCAGGCUGCUACCUCGCAGGAACGAAUUCGCCACCACCGCUAUAACAUAUGCCCCACCCCCACUGAUCAGCUCCAAUGACGUAAGGAACAAGUUAUAUGAAGGCCUGCAUGCCGCCCUAGCAACCGUGCUGGAGGCGGGCAAACUAGUCGUUCUUGAUGACUUCAAUGCCCUCGUGGGGACAGAACAUACCGCCUAG